UGCACAGAGAGAGCACCUGCUCCACAUCUACCUGCUCACAGCCCAGGAGACAGCAAACAGGGACGUGAAUGGCGAACUUCAAGGGCCAUGCCCUCCCGGGCAGCUUCUUCCUGGUCUUCGGCCUGUGGUGGUCGGUGAAAUUCCCGCUCAGAUACCUGAACAGCCGAGGGAAAGGCAACUUUCGACCCAACAAGUGCCAGCAGCGCCUGGAGCUCAUUGAGGGCAUAGCGAAGGCGGUCUUCUCUCUCAUAGGGAUCCUGGCAGAGCAGUUUGUGCCGGAUGGUCCUCAUAUGCAUCUCCUGAAUGGAGAGGAGCACAGCUGGGUGAAGCUGAUGAAUUGGCAACAUUCCACCAUGUACUUCUUCUACGGCCUCUCUGGAGUGGUGGACAUCCUGACCUACUUACCCCUGAAUGUUCCGCGGGGGCUGGACCGGCUCUCCCUGGCGCUGGCUGUUUUCAUUGAAGGUCUCCUAUUCUAUUACCACGUCCACAACCGGCCCCCCCUGGAUCAGCACAUACACUCCUUGCUGCUCAUAGCAGUCUUUGGCGGCUCUAUCAAUAUUAUGAUUGAAGUGUUUCUGAGAGACAACAUUGUCCUGGAAUUAUUCCGCUCCAGUUUAAGCAUCCUCCAGGGAACGUGGUUCUGGCAGAUCGGGUUUGUGCUGUAUCCGCCCGGAGGAGGGGCCGAGUGGGACCAGAAGGAUCACGAUAAUGUGAUGUUCAUUACCAUGUGCUUCUGCUGGCAUUACGCCGUCGCUUUGAUGAUCAUGGCCGGCAACUAUUCCCUGGUCUACUGCUGCUUGCGGAAGAGUAAAAGGCUCUCUGGCGACGGGAAUAUCGGCAUUCACAAGUUGGUUUCUAACAACACGGAGGCCAAGACAUCGCUGCUCGCUGCAUCGGACGAGGAAUGAGCUCGGAGCCGCCACGUCCAGGGAAAGACUCUCCGCCAAACUUCUAAAAAACCGUCAUCGGUGAUGAAGGAAGUAUUAGCACA